UCGUCGUGUACAACGCAAGGGGGUCUUCUCCCCCACCGUCUCCUCCUCAAAUCCUCUCGUCCUUGCCCUGGAAGCCUCUCUCCUUCUCCUUCCUUCUCUGCCCCCCUCCCGUACGAUUCCACCUAGAGCAGCCAGAGCCACCGGGCGCCGCUCGCACGGGGAUUGCCCGACUCCCCUUCCGCAGCCGUGAGGGUGUCGAGGCCGCGGCGAACAGCUUUUGCAUUGGCGCGGUGUGCUCGCACUCGGCGCCCGGGAUGUUCUACUCCAAGGCGUUGCUGUCCAAGAAGGGCGCGCUGGGGACGGUGUGGGUGGCGGCCGUCUGCGACGUGGCGGCGCUCACCAGGGACCAGGUCAUCCGCACCGACGUCGCCGCCUCCGUUGAUAAGAUUUUGUCUGAUGUUGAAACCCCAUACAGAAUACUGGGGCUGCUUCUGCUCGGUGUUGUUAGGAUUUACUCCAAGAAGGUAGAAUACCUCUGCCGUGAGUGCGAGCAAGUGAAACUUCUUCAAGCAAGUGCAUUAACCGAAACAACAGAGAAUAAAGUUGGAAGACGAGUGAAGAAAGGUGUUUCUGCAAGAUUAGUGGUAGACCAAAACCAACAAGAUAUUCCUAAAGUAAAAAGGCCUCCUCGUUCUGUGAGAACUUCAAGGGCAGAAAAUGGAGUUACUUCACAUGAUGCACCAGUUGAUCUUCCAGCAAUCUUCAUAAUACCCAAAAGAUUUGAGCUUGACUCUUUUGAUUUGCAGAUUUCUGAAAAUAGAGAGGAUGACAAUGAUGAUCAUCACCAAUUGCCACGUCAAGAUACUUUAAUGGAAGAUGAACAACACCGUAUGUCCUAUUUGAAUGAGUCUUAUCAGAGGAUGGCAUGCUCAUUUGCUGAUCUGGACUCUGCUUCCUUUAUGCCAGCACACAUAACUCUCGGAACUGCAACGAUCAGUGUCAUUGAUGAAGUGAGCAAUCUUCUAUACUCGCCUAACAGAGAGGAUGAACUUGAAAAUGACAACCAGAAUGCUGAACCUGCUUGCAAUACGCCUGUGAAGGAUGUUCUUCCACCUGAGGUGAUGAAUAUGAUUGCUGAAGUAAAUAAUCUUUCAGAGAAAAGCAAAAGUGUGAAGAAACCUACAAGAGAACUGAAUACUGACGAGAAUGUCAAUUCUGCAUCUUUUGUCUCUUCGCCAGAAAGUCAAGAAAUACAGAGAUCUGCAAACGUUGUGGAGAAUGCGACUUGUCCAGAUCUUGAUGCUAAUAGUCCCCUAAUUGAAGAAUCGGAACAUGGGUUACUGCUAGAAAAAGCGAACACAACACUGUCUGUAGAAAUUCCAUGCCAUGACUUUGAGGAACAAGAAUCACUCGCACCUCCAACCCUCCGAUGUAAUACACGUACUCGGUCAAUCAAUGAGCUGUCACCUUCCACUCCAGAGCCCAUGACAGAGAAGACUACAGGGUUACCAGAAAAAUUUAUAGUUACAACACCAGCUAAAAAUGAGAAGCGCCAGGUUACCAGAAAAAGAAGAAGGGGAUUAUACAAAAAGGACAAUAUCGAUACCCCAACAAAUAGAAAGCACAAGCGGCAGGUUAAGAAAGGUGCAGAGGUGUUGUAUGAUGAGGAUAUUGUCCUUCCAAAUGAUAUGAUGAGACAAGCAAUAGAGGAUGCAAGUGAUCUAGUGUGCAAAAGAAGGAAGGCACCUCACACUUAUCUUGAUGCUUGGAAGGUGGCAAAAAUUAGUUCUCUGCCAGACACUUUGAUGGAUCCGUUGUUUCCAUGUUCAAUUGGAGUGCACUUUAGUUACUCUACCACAGCAGGAGCACCUGAAAGUUCAUGUGUGGAAUCAGUAAAAGAAAAAAACUGUCUUUCAAAUGAACCUGCCGAAUCCAACAAUUCCCGCAAGGAUGCUCAAAAUGCAGAAAAGGAAGUUGUCCCAGAUGAACCAAGAAACAGAAAAUUAGAUGAACUGAAUAGUAUCAAGACUCCUGUUGGCUGUUACACUCAAAGUGAGCAAAUUCAAGAAGAUGUUUGCAAACGUUAUGAUUAUUCUGCCAAUGAAAAGAGCACACAAGUUGAAGGAGACGAAUAUAGUUCAACAGGCCUGCUAGAAAAGAGAUUAUAUGAAUCAAAUAUUCAUAGUCCAUUGUUCAAUGGGCCAUUGACUGCUGAUAUAGAUUACAUAGAUGAGGAUAUUCCUAUGGGUGAAGAGCAUACCAGAGAUGAAGGUUUGCUGCUUUCAACAAGAACUAGGACAGUAGCAAGGUGCCUCCAUCAGGUAUUCUUGGACAAGAAGUGCCAGCAGCAAGGGAAUAGCCCUGUCACUCUCAGCCAGGCCCUCGAAGGAAGAAAGAGGAAGACCACAGCAAGAUUCUUCUAUGAAACUUUGAACCUGAAGAGCCGUGGGUUGAUAGAGGUCAACCAAGACAGCCCUUACGAGAGCAUCGUGAUCUCUGCGACUCCACAGCUCGAACUGUUGUUCCAGAAUCCAGAGUAGCGGGAGGGGGUCUCACAGCAGGGUUUAACUUAACAGUAAUUCCAUUUCUUGAGAGUUGUUUUAGGAAUUUUUCUUUUUCAGCUUGCUAUAUCCUGUAGCAUUGUCAGGAGGAAGAGGAUGUAAUGGUGGUAGGCCCGAUGUGUAUAUGAGAUGCGUGUUGGCGCGUCACGCAUAGUUAGGACAGAGAACAGGCCCAGGGGAUCUUGCUCGGUUUAAGUUAACAGGUUUAGGUUGCAGUUUUCUUUCUGGCUGCUGGAUGUACGUUGAUGGCAUCAUGUGCCAACCCCAUGUGUAAUCGACAUGCAUUUUUAUUGACGUGGAGCGGGUAAAAUCUCGGAUUGAUUCUAAA